CUACUAACUGAGGGCAUAAGCCCAAAUUUCACCUCCAUAAAAAAUUAUCUGGUUCAAUAUAUGUAACAUAGAAUGGUUGGGUUGUGGAACAAAUGCAAGUAUGCAUUAAUCACCCCAAGUCUAGGAUAAUUUGCUGGUAAGGCCAAGUUGAAAUUCUCAAAAUUUUCAAAUAAUAGAUCUUUCAAUUAUAUCGACAUAAAUCACGUCUAGGAUCAUUUCGGCCCGAGGGCUUCCUGCUCUCCCAUGAGAGUUUCCUCCGCAGCCUAAUGGGAGCCGCUGUUAGGCUCUCCCAAAUGCUGUUUUCCGUCUUCUUCCUGCUGCCUCACCUCCCCUCCCCUGUAAAUUCUAGCCUCCAACUUUCCUUCUACUUUCCGAUAGAUUCUGUUUAAAGUUUUCCAUUUCACAGUAAAACCCAAAAACAUUUCCUGCAUCUUUUCUUCCCCAAUCGUCAGCCCAAAACUAUCAAACCAAUUUUCCAGCUCUAGAUCUUAUUUCAUGGCGAUGCCAAGCUAUUCCUCUGAAUUUAACAUCUCAAAACACCAAUUUAUGGAUAUCAGAUCUAUCUUUUCUCUGCAAUUGGUUCAAGAGUACUCAGAAAAGAGGAUCAUAUUUCACUAAAGCUUGUUACACUUUGGAAAGGGCUUUUGAAAUUCAUUACGGCUUGGGUGGAUAGCAGUGUUUUUCAGGUGAAAUCUCCUCUUGAAACCCUCCUCUGAUUGUUUGGCUGUUGGGUAUUAGGGUUUAGAAUUAAUUUCCAGUCUUGAGGAUAUGUUUGUCUUGGAUAUAUUGUUAAUUAUCUCAAUCACUUGGACCCAUUUGAUAGUUUUUGGGCAUUUUUAUUGGAUUAUAUUAGUCCUCAGUCUGGUGCAAAUUUAGCUUCUUAUGUGAGUUUCACUUAGUUAAAAGGGAACUUAAUGAGUCUUGGGUUUGAUCAUGAAGCUAGCUGCUAUAUUGAAGAGAUUGGCUCUUUGGUGCUGGUUGUGAUUGGGUUUUAUUUCACAUUGAGCUUUCUAUCAAUAAAUAUGCAAAAGAUGUUAGACAUGAUGGGUCUAGGCGUUGUUGAUGGUCCUCGAUGUUUGGGUGUGGAAGCUGAUUAUGGUCUUGAAUGUUGGUAUUCCACUAGUAUGUGGACUGGUAAAGGAAUACAAAGCAAUCAGAAUAAGUAUCAAUUAAACUUCCUAUACUUGUGGGAUGAAUAUUUCUGUUUUGUUCUUUCUGCAGCACAUCUAGGCUCCAAUGGUUGGUAGUGUUUUGAUGUGGGAGAUCUCCAUGGUGUCAAGGUUUGGAAACACACUAGUUCUAGCUGCUGGACUGGAUGGCAGUGCUUAAAGGAUUUGCAGUUAAUGCAGGUGUUAGGGUCUAGAAGCUGGUUUGGUGGUAGUUUUCAUAUUCUAAGGUGGAACUUAUAAAUAGAUUUUCAUCUCCUACUUACAUAUUCCCUGAUACAACCUACAUUUUAAGGAGUAGGUUUGGUGUUAUUGAUGACAAUGAGGAUUCAAGGAUUG